AUUCUAGCCAUAAGCCAUCUAGUCAUCUUCAGUAAUCUAACCUGAAAGUUGAAGAUAACCUAAAAUGAACCAAAAUCCAAAGGAUUUCUUUACAGUUGAUUAAAUUAUUUUUUAAUAUUAAAAAUAAGUUAAUAAAUAAUAAUAAUUAGUUCUCAAUAUAGUUUAUUGCAAUGGCAUCUCUCUUUAUCUCCAAUAUAAAGCAAACACUAGGAAAUCUUGAACGAACGUUGAGAAUUUUGUUCUAUCAACAAUUUCCACCAGUCAACUUCCACGAGCUGAGAAUCGCCAACAAUGCUGAAUGUUUAAACGAGAGACUCGCAGCUCCCAGCCUGGAGCAACUGAUGCAGGAUGGCAUUUUGUGGGGAGUGCCUAAGUCACGUCGCACAAUCGAAAAGCGUCUACAACGCAAGUUUGGAAUUCCCAAGUGGCACUGGAAGCCUCUGGUACCCCGCACCAAUCUUCUAAACUGCAACACCUGCGGUAAUACCUACGAAGCUGGGCACCUUUGUACUCACUGCUACAACAAGGUGAUGGAUGAGACGAAGAAAGUUCAAGAUGCUGUGCAGGCGGAAUUAGGUCUGGAGCCAGUGGAGAAAGAAGUGGUCGUUCUCUAUCGGGGUGAACGGGAGCAACAGCCUAACGAAUUCUGGGAGGGAAAACGAAUUGUGGAGCUGGACAGAGAGCGGCCAUCUUGGUUUUCGAAAAAUCUGCUCCAAAAAUCCACCCAAGCGCCUGCAACAAGUACUGACAUCAAGCCCACUGAACUAGCGUAAUUACAACGUUUUUCUAUUAGUUUGUAGAAUAUUAUUAUUUGUAAAAUAAAUUAAUGUUGAGGAAUU